AUGGGCAGCUUACCGGUGUCUCGGGUGAUGGGCACUCGAGCAUUCACCCAUGUCGGCGUGGAUUACGCCGGCCCUCUGAAGGUUCAUGCGUCAUGCGUUCGAGGUGUAAAGAUGACCAAGGGCUAUAUCGUAGUAUUCGUAUGUAUGGCGACCAAGGCGGUGCACUUGGAGGUCGCCAGUGACCUCUCGACCAACAUGUUCAUUUGUGCUCUGAAGCGAUUUAUUUCACGGAGGUCUCAUCCUAACGAGAUUUGGUCGGAUUGUGGCACAAACUUCGUUGGGACCGACCGUUGGCUGAAGGAGAUUCAAACUGCGCGACAGAUCCACAACGAUGCUGCUUGUCGAUUUCUCACCAACUAUGGAAUUAAGUGGGUGUUCAAUCCACCUUCAGCGCCACACCGUGGUGGUAUCUGGGAGGCGGCAGUCAAGAGCGCCAAGAAGCACCUGAUGGCAGUCGUGGGCUCCGGAGCAGCAACGUUUGAAGAACACUCAACGGUAUUGGCGCAGGUGGAAGCGUGCCUGAACUCCCGCCAGCUAUGUCCACUUUCAUCAAAUCCUGACAGCUACGAAGCACUGACCCCAGGACAUUUCCUGUUCGGUCAGUCGAUGAACCUCAUCCCAGAGCCUGAUGUCCGUCACAUCCCAUAA